AUGGCCAAUAUUCAACACACGUUUGAAGCCCUCCGUGACAAGGUCUUAGUCGAGCAGUUUCUGCUCACUUGCUCCACCAAGUUGACUAUUUUUCUCCGAGAGAGAGAAUGCCAAAGCUUGCAAGAAGUUGCGUCAAAGGCGGACCUUUUCCUAGAGGCCCAGGCCCAGCCUACUACGAGUAAGUCGAAAAUCGACGAGACGAAUAAGCAGUCUAGUGUGGCGUUAGCAGAUAAGUCUAAAACAGGAGGGGGCAGGAAAGCUUUGCGUUGCUUUUUAUGCAACAAAAUUGGGCACAAUGCGGAAAACUGUCAUGGACGUCCGCCGGCCUCCAAAGGAAUUACUUGCUGGCAAUGCGGGAAAACUGGACACCGUGCAGAUAGCUGCAGGUCAAAGCCUAACGACAAUCAUCAGGCGUCAUGUCUUUGGACGAAAUCAAGAAACGGAGAGGUGAGCGAGCCCGAAGAUGGCUUUGUUACCCUCAAGAAUGGUGACAAGAUUCCGGUUGUCAACUCGGCAGUAGUACAUCCUCCCAAGUUUCCAGUGGAGAAUCUGCCAGUUGUAGAGGGAGGUAUGGGUGGCCACAAAAUAACUGUCCUCAGGGACACGGGCUGCAACACCGUCGUUGUUCGCCAAAGCUUGGUUCCGAAGGAAGCGUACACGGGAAUAUUGAGCCCGGUGUUUCUACUGGACAAAACAGUAAGGUACCUUCCCGAGGCCGAGAUUAUGGUUAGGACACCAUACUACACGGGAAAGUUAACAGCGAAGUGUGUAAACGACUCUCUGUACGAUCGGGUGUUGGGAAAUGUGCCGCUUGUACGAGAUGCCAAUGACCCCGAUCCAAACUGGAGUUUGAAUAUGAAAAUAAGGGAAGCUCAUAUGUCGGCGACAGAGCCAGCCGAUGAACAGAAGACCGGGACGGAAGGCGUCCUGGCGAAAGAGACACAUGUGGAGUCUCUAGAACGCUCUGCUGACGAAUCUUUACUCGAACGGGGCGAUAAAGAGUUCAUGGGCACCGCGGGGGCUGUGCAGACCAAGAAACCUACAUGUCGACCCCCGCCAUCACCUCCCGAACUGCGAGUACCUGAGGUACCACUGCUUCAAACAACUAAAGAGGAGCUCAUCCAGGAGCAAAAGAAUGACGAAACCCUGAAGAAAUGCUUCCACGACGUUGGGAAAGUAACCAAGAAGCACAGGGGCAGAAUGAAGUACGAGUUUUUCAUUAGGAAUGAGCUGUUGUACAGGAGCUGUACAUACAGUUCCGGAAGAAAAACCGACCAGAUGGUUCUCCCGAACACGUUUCGGCGAACUGUCACCGGGAUGGCACAUGACGGAAUAAUGUCAGGCCACCAGGGCGUGAGCAACACAAUAGCACUAGUGUCUGAAGAGUUCUUUUGGCCGGGUGUCCAAAGCGACAUUAAGAGGUACGUGCGGUCGUGUGACAUUUGCCAACGGACGGUCCCCAAAGGGAGAGUAGGCAAGGCCCCCUUAGGUACCAUGCCGACGAUUGUAACUCCCUUUCAGAGGGUGGCCAUUGACAUCAUUGGUCCGAUUGCUCCCAAAUCAGACUCGGGGAACCGAUACAUCUUAACCAUGGUGGAUGUGGCUACUCGAUACCCCGACGCGGUAGCCUUGAAAACCAUCGGGACUCCGCUAGUAGCGGAAGCUUUAGUUGACAUGUUUACGCGAUACGGCGUACCGAGGGAGGUCCUUAGUGACCGUGGUAGCGCGUUUACUUCCGACCUGAUGAAGGAGGUGGGUCGCCUGCUGUCAGUGAGACGCCUUUUGACUACUCCCUAUCAUCCCAUGAGCAACGGGUUGGUAGAGAAAUUCAAUGGAACUUUAAAGUUGAUGCUACGUAGAAUGUGUCAGGAGAGGCCCAAGGAUUGGGACCGGUACCUGCCAGCGCUGUUGUUCGCUUACCGGGAGGUACCCCAGUCCAGUUUGAGAUUCUCUCCAUUCGAGUUGUUAUAUGGGAGAACGGUACGGGGGCCAUUAACUAUACUGAGAGAAGUGUGGUCCAACGAGGCGUUGAACGAGGAAACAAAAACGUCGUACAGCUACGUCAUGGAACUGAGAGACAAACUGGAGGAGACCUGCAAACUGGCACACCAAUGCUUGGAUGAAGCCAAGGUAAAAUACAAGGCGUAUUAUGAUCGGAAGAAAGUCAACCGAGAAAUGACGGUAGGGGAUAAAGCACUAAUCCUCCUUCCAAGCGACAAUAACAAGUUGCUCAUACAAUGGAAGGGUCCCUUCAUCGUCACGGCACGAAGAAAUGAAGUUGACUAUGAGCUGGAGAUUGCAGGAACGAGAAAAGCCUUCCAUGUAAAUAUGCUCAAAAAAUAUGAAGAGAGGACCGAAAUGGACCCGGCGGCACCGAGGUGCAGCGCGGCAACAGCAACUGACGAUGACAACAAAAACGACGAGGAAGACGCCAUAGACGAUGUCCCGACUCUGUCCCUGACACGACAACAAAACGGGCAAGACGUACUGGUGAAUACGGCCCUGAGUACAGAGGAGAAGAAACAAGUUGCGACUUUGAUUGGAGAAUUCGAAGAAAUCUUCUCUGAUCUACCCGGAAAAACAAACUUGAUUGAGUGCGAUCUGAAGCUGACAACUGAGGCACCAGUGCAUGUUAAACAGUACCCUCUGCCGAUAAAGGCAGAGGCAGAGGCGGCAGCUGGAAACGAAGCAGUGGCUCCGACAGAAAGCCAAGCAACCACUGGACAACGGCCGGAACUUCCAAGCCAAGCUGUCGACGUGACGCCCGACCCCAGCCCUGGCCCAUCAGCUUUUGUGGCUGGAGUACACAAGUCGACAGGAGACGCCGAGGCGCCUGGAAAGGACGAUACGGCAGGACGGCAGCUAACAACGACUGGCGACCCAACACAGCAAAGCGACACGGAGGCGAACCAAGUACUGGAACGUCUGGACCUGCCCCAUGACCAAAUCCAACUCCGUAGCACCCAGCAAGUGCAGGAACCCGUGGACGAGGUCAACACAGUGGAAAUGAGCGAAGCAGGAUCUCAACCGGUAAAACGACUACUGAGCGAGACACCAUCGUUAGAUCAUGCGGAAGAAGAACGGAAACACCAGCUUCGGUGGAAGGAGGUGAUGUACAAAACAGGACGAUUUCAACCGAAAGCACGGACGCUCCAUGACGACCCCAGAGAAGAGCCAAGACACUAG